AUGGAGGACUUCUCUCAGGACCACUCUAAGCUGUUGCUUUCCAGAGAGUGGCUCUCGAAAGUGGAUGGAGAUAGCUCGACGGCUUACUUGAUGAAAUUCAGCGCCUCUUUUUCCGACCAGUCGUGCGUGUUCAUGGUCACGGACACGAAGUCCGUUUGGGCCGAAGUACUCAAUACGCAGAGACUGAUACGACGCUGGCAGAGUUUGAAUCCCUCUACAUCACCUACGGACCUUCCACCACCAGAAGCCAACCUUGAACAAUGGAUCGACGCCAUCGUGCAAUGUCUUAGAGACUCGCACACUUUGGGCGGCAUGGAUGACAUGUCAAUGGAGCUUGAGCCUUCUCCCUACGCUGACUUGUGCAUCGCUUUCGGUGGACAUGGCUUCAAAUGGCGUUGGGAUACGUGCAUCCUUCCGCCUAAACUAGCAGCCGAGGUUCUCUCAAGGCAUCUCAUUAUCCCGCUCAUAUGCACUGCAAAUCUGGCGUUUACGACGAGCGACCCGCUAGCUGACAUGCCCGAGGGCGAACUGGAAAAGGCUGUGGACAAGGUCGGCCGCACCGCGAGACGCAGCGUUGACACGCAUCUCCGGACUACGGUCACGCGCCCGCGGUUGUCGACGACUCUUCGCCGUGUGACCGCGUUAUUCGACUUCAAUACGAGCCCGCCGCGCAUAGCCGGGGAAGCCGACAGGCCCGACAUCAGGCUACCCAUCGCGCCACAGGAGCCGGAGCCAGGCGACAGCAAAGGCAAGGGCAAGGUGUCUGGCCAUGACUCGGCCUCGACGAAAACGCCGAGUCGUGCAUCUAGUCCGGAUAUUGCGCCGGAUGUCGAGCCGAUGGCCGUAGAUGAGCCUAACAUUUUCGUGGGUAACGACAUAAAAGGCAAGGACAAGGUACACACCCAGCCCGAGUCGCAGGUAUCAGCUACCGCGCCCUCGCAGCCACAGCCAUCUGCGCCAGCGGACGAGGGUUCUGAUACUGCACCAGACAGCGACGCUGAAGCUGUACCUCCUCGAAAGACGCCUGUCCCUGCAGCAUCCUCUACCCUGCCAGUCCCGAUCCCGAAUCUACCUGCAAAGGCUAAGCCCACGGCCCCGCGCAAGGCUACCACACCUGACGGAUCGAGCGGUGAUUCUGACGCGAAGCCGAAGAGCAAGCCUGCGAAAGCGCCUCCCACUCGGCACGCUGACGAUGAUUCCUCCUCGUCCGAUUCCAGUCCUCCCCCUGCAAAGAAGAGCAGAGCUGCCCCUGCGCGCAAGCCAAGUGCCGUAGACGACUCUAGCAGUGACUCGGAUGGGGAGAGGAGAACUGCCGGGGCACGGCGAGGGACGAGGCAACCUAUUAAGCGCGGAGGGAGACGCUUCUGA